CGGUGCUCCUCCCAAGAUGGCGGACAACCUGCCCUCGGAAUUUGAUGUGGUGGUGAUAGGGACCGGUUUGCCUGAAUCUAUUAUUGCAGCGGCAUGUGCUAGAAGUGGCCAGAGAGUUCUUCAUGUUGAUUCGAAAAAUUACUAUGGUGGAAACUGGGCCAGCUUUAGUUUUUCAGGAUUAUUGUCCUGGAUUAAAGAAAAUCAGCAAAAUACUGGUAUCAGUGAUGAAUGCGAAGAUUGGAGUAAACUGAUCCUUGAGAAUGAAGAAGUUAUUUCUCUUAGCAAGAAGGAUAAAACUAUCCAACAUGUAGAAGAUUUCUGCUUUGGCGAUCAGGAUUCAGCUGAAAAUGUCGAAGAAGCCGGUGCAUUGCUGAAGCUGCCUGCCUUUGGAGCCUCUGAUGUUGAUGGGGUUGCUCAGGAAUCAGAAAAGGAGUGCACACCAAUGGAGAACACCUUAGCAGAGGUGGAGAGCCAGGAACCAGAAAAGGCGGCAGGCACAGAGCCAGCAGGCACAGUAGAAGGGAGUGAUCCAGAAAUAACCACUGAGAAUGAAAGUUCUCAAAGUACGGCUGUAGGCGAGUCUGCUCCUGAAACUGGAUCUGCACCCUCAGAAAGUUCUGCCCAAGGACCAAAGAAAAUCACAUAUGCCCAAAUUGUUAGAGAAGGCAGAAGGUUUAACAUUGAUUUAGUUUCCAAGUUGCUGUACUCCCGAGGUCUGUUAAUUGACCUCCUGAUCAAGUCGAACGUUAGCAGAUAUGCAGAGUUUAAAAAUGCAACACGAAUUCUUGCGUUUCGAGAAGGAAAAGUAGAACAGGUACCUUGUUCUAGAGCAGAUGUCUUCAACAGCAGACAGCUCACUAUGGUGGAAAAGAGAAUGCUAAUGAAAUUUCUGACAUUUUGUUUGGACUAUGAACAACACCCUGAAGAAUACCAAGACUACGAGAACAGCACAUUUGCACAGUUCUUGAGCACACGGAAGUUAACACCAAGUUUGCAGCACUUCAUUCUUCACUCUAUUGCAAUGGUUUCAGAGACUGAGUGCAGCACUCUUGAAGGUCUUCAGGCAACGAAAAAGUUUCUUCAGUGCCUUGGCCGCUAUGGCAACACACCAUUUUUGUUUCCACUGUAUGGUCAAGGAGAGAUCCCACAGUGCUUCUGUAGGUUGUGUGCUGUAUUUGGUGGUAUCUAUUGUCUUCGCCAUUCUGUGCAGUGCCUUGUAGUGGACAAAGAAUCUGGACGAUGCAAAGCUAUUGUGGAUCAUUUUGGACAAAGAAUAAGUGCUAACUAUUUUAUUGUGGAAGAUAGUUAUCUUUCAGAGAACACAUGCACAAAUGUGUGUUACAGGCAGAUCUCCAGGGCAGUGCUCAUUACAGACCAGUCCGUGCUAAAUACAGAUGCAGAGCAGCAGGUUUCCAUUUUGACAGUGCCUUCAGAGGAUGUAGGAAAACCAGCAGUUUGCGUCAUUGAGUUGUGUUCUUCAACCAUGACGUGCAUGAAGGAGACUUAUUUAGUCCAUUUAACCUGUCCAUCAACUAAAACUGCUAGGGAAGAUUUAGAACCUGUUGUACAGAAGUUAUUCAAUCUAAAUGCAGAAAAAGAGACUGAAAAUGAAGAACUGGAAAAACCCAGAGUGCUCUGGGCAGUCUACUUCAACAUGAGAGAUUCUUCAGGAGUUGAGAAGAAGUCAUACAGUGGCUUACCCUCCAAUGUUUAUGUCUGUUCUGGACCAGACUCUGCUUUAGGAAAUGACUGUGCUGUUAAACAGGCCGAGACCAUUUUCCAUGAAAUGUUUCCUACAGAGGAAUUUUGUCCACCAGCACCAAAUCCAGAAGACAUUAUUUAUGAUGAAGAUGAGAUUGCACCAGAAGAGGCUGGACUCAGUAAUUCGACAGAGACAAAACCUGAAUCCUCAACUGAGGAAAGCAGUAGUGGAGGUAGUACUGCUGUUAAGAAGGAAGAUAACGAAGAAUGAGUUAACACUGUUCUCUUAGUGGAAGAGGAGGUUGACCCAAACUAGAAUGUAAGGGAGGAAGGGUAAGAAAAAGAGGUUUAAAAACCCCAUAGCUGUAUUAUGUGCAAUUGCCUUACUUUCCUUAGCUUGAAUAAUCUUUCAUCAGAUAUAGCUUCAUUGAUAGCUGAGACAUUUCUAAGUAGGUCCACCAUAUCCAGGGGUGUUUGUAGCUAAACAGAAAACAUAGAACAAAGCAUUUGAAUUUAAAAUGUUAAAAUAGGAUUUGUUGAGAUAACUUCAUUUUACAUCUUGGAAGGAAUCAUUCAUCUUUUAAAAGUGAACAAUUUGAAACUAAUCAGAAGAAAAAUUGUGCAGGUUUGUUUACCAGUCAGAUGAUGAUCUUGUGAUUCAGCAUAUCAAAGUUCUACUAAAAGUCAUUGGGCCAGUGCUAAUGAAACAGUGGAAGGUGAGCUUCACAGUCUGUUCUUCAAAGCGGUUUUAUGAAUGGAACUUAAAGGCAAUAAUGUUGACAGUUCUGGAGUAGGUUUGGAGUAUGUAAUAGAUGUCAUGUUUAAUUUGUAUAAUAAAAAAUUUUUAUGAAA